AUGGUUGAUCUCCAAGCUGAAGCUAAUUCGAGUUCUUCUCAUCUUCAUGCUGAUCCCACAUCAGUUCGAAUAGAUUUUGCCAGUCCUCUUUACUUGCAUCCAUCAGAAAGUGCUGGAUCUUCUCUAUUGCCUGCAGUUUUUGAUAGUACAGGUUACAGAUCUUGGAGAAGAGUUGUACUUAGAGCUCUAUCAGUGAAAAGCAAAACAGGAUUCAUCAAUGGAACACUUGUACGACCUGCUCCUACUGAUCCUAGUUUUCUACAAUGGGAAAGAUGUGAUGAUAUGGUAACUUCUUGGAUCCUGAAUUCAUUGUCUCUUGAUCUACGUGACAGUCUGCAGUAUGUAAACAAUGCUCAUGAGCUUUGGGCAGAAUUGGAAGAAAGGUAUGAUCAAACCAAUGGAUGCAAACUAUAUCAGCUACAGAAGGAGAUAAAUGACCUUGUUCAAGGUCCUCUAGACAUUACUGGCUAUUAUACAAGAAUGAAGAAGUUGUGGGAAGAAAUAAGCACUAUAGAUGUCAAUUCUCAGUGUACAUGUGUGUGCAUUUGUGGUGGUAAGACCAAAACAGGACAGGAGACUCAUACACUUAUUAAUGGGUUUAAAUGA